AUGGUGGACAUGAAGUACAUUCUCCACACAUCCAUACGCUAUGUAUCGCUUUACACCACUUUCUAUUCGGCCGGUCUUAUGUUGGGAACAUUAACGGCCGCUAUAUUCCUAGCAUUUAUGGGUGUUUGCACAGCCCUUACACCACUGUCCCCUGAAUUGUGGACACUAUAUACGUAUGCCUUUUUCGUGGGACUGGGUGCUGGUGUGUGGAACGGUAUAUGUAAUGUAUGGAUGAUUGAGAUCUGGGGGCACCGGUCGGCACCGUUACUACAGCUGUUGCACUGCGGGUUUGGCGUCGGAAAUAUCAUAUCCCCGCUCAUACUUAAGAGUCAUUUAAUCGGGGAAAUACACAGAAACUCGAGCACCGGUAGUCAAUCUAUUGGCGAUUAUACUAAUGAGACGGACGUUUUGGUGGAGAGUAGUGUUGACCGACGGGCGGGACUUAUAAUCCCCUUUCAAAUCAAUGCAUUCAUUCAGAUAUUGUCGCCGGUAGCCCUGGUUGUGAUGUUUAUAUGGAAACGCUAUGAACCUCAACAUUAUAUACAACACGCCGACUUCAAGUUAGCUACCGAUGACAUGCCUGAGCUAAAGAUGUUUGAUAGAGAAGGCUUUCCCCGCCAACGUGCUAUACUCCUAUUCUGUGUCUGGCUAUCCGUUUAUUUAGUAUCCGAGACUACUAUACUAUCAUUCGGUGCCACAUAUUUCCAGUACUGUCCCCUAAAGCUAACGGCCCAAGAGUCGGCACAGUUACUCUCAACAGUGGCCAUGGCGUUCACUGCGGGCCGUGGUCUUAGUGCCCUAUUGGCCCUACGAUUCAAACCGCAACAAAUGAUUGGCUAUCACUUUGCUAUACUAAUCAUCGCCACUAUUACCCUAUAUGUGGGUCAAUACAACCUAACGGUGCUGUGGGUGUCCACUAUAAUGGCAGGACUUGGAUUUUCAGCCAUGUUUCCGGCAAUGUUUGCAUACCUGGGACAGUACCUGUCCAUCACUAACCCUAUCGGCGUUUUUGUGGAGAGAUAUUCGUGGGUUGUGUUGAUGUUUGAGUCCAUUUAUGUCGGCACCUGUUUGUUACUAUUCGUGUCGUUCAUAGGAAUGACCAUGACAAUGUAUGCGCCCGUUAUGGUCGAUAUGAAGUACAUUCUCCACACGUCCAUACGCUAUGUAUCGCUUUACACCACUUUCCUAUCGGCCGGGUAUAUGACGGGAACUUUAACAGCCAUUAUAUUCCUGGCAUUUAUGAGCAUCGGGUCAGCCCUCACACCCCUAUCCCCUGACCUCUCGGCACUAUACACGUGUGCAUUUUUGGUGGGAAUGGGCGCCAGUGUGUGGAACAGUAUGUGUAAUGUAUGGAUGAUUGAGCUCUGGGGGCACCGGUCGGCACCGUUACUACAGCUGUUGCACUGCGGGUUUGGCGUCGGGAAUAUCAUAUCCCCGCUCAUACUUAAGAGUCAUUUAAUCGGGGAAAUACACAGCAACUCGAGCACCGGUAGUCAAUCCAUUGGCAAUUAUACUAAUGAGACAGAGGUUUGGGUGGAGAGUAGUGUUGACCGACGGGCGGAACUUAUAAUCCCCUUUCAAAUCAAUGCAUUCAUUCAGUUAUUGUUCACCGAUAACACACCGGCGCCUAAGCUGUUUGACAGGGAUGGCUUUCCCCGCAAGCGAGCGAUACUCCUAUUCUGCGUAUGGCUGUCCACCUACUGUGUAGCCGAAGCUACUAUACUAUCAUUCGGUGCCACAUAUUUCCAGUACUGUCCCCUAAAACUAACGGCCCAGGAGUCGGCACAGUUACUCUCAGCUGUGGCCAUAGCGUUCACUAUAGGCCGUGGACUCAGUGUACUAACAGCCCUAAGAUAUAGUCCCAAACAAAUGAUUGGCUAUCACUUUGUUGUACUAAUUAUUGCCGCUAUUACCCUGUAUGUGGGUCAAUAUAACCUAUCGGUGCUGUGGGUGUCUACUAUUUUGACAGGAUUGGGACUGUCAGCCAUGUGUCCGGCAAUGUUCGCAUACCUGGAACAGUACCUGUCCAUCACUAACCCUAUCGGUGCGAUCGCUAUAUUUUCUUCAGAAGGAAUGACACUCACAAUGUUUGGGCCCGUUAUGGUGGACAUGAAGUUUAUUCUCCACACAUCCAUACGCUAUGUAUCGCUUUACACCACUUUCUUAUCGGCCGGGUAUAUGUUAGGAACUGUAUUCGGAUAUCUAUACGAAUACCUGAACCGUCAGUUGGUAGCUAUUAUAUUCUUGGCACUCAUGAGUAUUGGGUCAGCCCUCACACCCCUAUCCCCUGACCUCUGGGCCCUAUACGGGUGUGCCUUUGUCAUAGGAAUGGGCGCCAGUGUGUGGAACUGUAUGUGCAAUGUAUGGAUGAUUGAGAUCUGGGGCAACCGGUCGGCGCCAUUCCUACAGCUAUUACACUGCGGGUUCGGCGUCGGGUGCAUAAUAUCUCCGCUCAUACUUAAAAGUCAUUUAGUCGGGGAAACACAUCACACGUCGAGCACCGGUAGCCAAGCUCUCGGCAAUUAUACUAAUGAAACAGAGGUUUCUAUGGAGAGUAGUAUUGACCGACGGACUGGACUUAUAAUCCCCUUUCAAAUCAAUGGAUUCAUUCAGAUAUUGUCGCCGGUAGGACUUCUAGCGAUGUUUAUAUGGAAGCGUUACGUACCACCGCAACCUAUAGCCCGUGCCAAGGCAGCUACCGGUGACAUAUCGGAGCAAAAGCUGUUUGACAGGGAAGGUUCACCCCGCAAAUGGGCCAUAUUCAUUUUCUGCCAUUCGGUGCCACGNCUAACGGCCCAGGAGUCGGCACAGUUACUCUCAACAGUGGCCACGGCGUUCACUGUGGGCCGGGGGCUCAGUGUACUUAUGGCCCUACGAUUCAAACCCCAGCAAAUGAUUGGCUAUCACUUUGCUAUACUAAUCAUCGCCGCUAUUACCCUAUAUGCGGGUCAAUAUAAUCUAACGGUGUUGUGGGUGUCGACAAUUAUGGCAGGUCUAGGACUGUCAGCCAUGUGUCCGGCAAUGUUCGCAUACCUGGAGCAGUACCUGUCCAUCACUAACCCUAUCGGCGUUUUUGUGGAGAGAUAUUCGUGGGUUGUGUUGAUGUUUGAGUCCAUUUAUGUCGGCACCUGUUUGUUGCUAUUCGUGUCGUUCAUAAUUUUAGUGGAC